UAUUUGAAUUUGUUUAUUGAAUGUGAUUUUCUUAAUUAUAUUAAUUUUAUGUGCAAAAAUGGAAACAACAAAAACUAUAAAACCGAAGACGAUGGCAGAAAUGUUGCCCGGACUUAGUGGCAUUCUGUCCAAGGAUACAAUGCACACACUUACUGCAAAAAAACAGCCAAGACCUGCUAUGGCACAAACUCGGACAGCUGAGAAAGUAUUAAAACCAUUGACUAUUGCUGAAAUGAGAGCAGACAUACAAGCCUUAAAAAUACAGUCUCCUCGUCGGUUUAACCAAGCUGCCACAUCUACUAAGAAAAAAAAAUGGAACUCUUCAAUAAAAGUUGAAAGGAAAAUUAGUCACACAGCAGAUGGACAACUGAGAGAUAAUCCAGUUAGAAAAGUGCUUGACUUCCAACCAAAGCCUAAGGUGACAAAUUCAAAACUAAGUAUGCAUAAAGCACCUGAAACACCGAAGUUUCCAAAACCUGAUUUUAGAGCAAAGAAGUCAUUACUACAAGCCAAAAAUAUAGUCAGGAUAAGUGGUGUUUCUAAUAUACCAGAAACACCACUGGUAUCAAAUCCAGUAAAGAGCAGGAUGACUAUUGGAAACAAAGAGAACUAUUCGUACCAACCUAGAGUGAUAAGAGAGAAACAAACUGUAGUACCACAAAAGCCAAAUAACAAGCAAAAUAAUAAUAAGUUGCACCCACAAUUAAAAAUGCCAGACACAUCACUAUCUAAUGAAUCCUGGAAAUCCAGUUGUGACGCCAGUUUCCUGCAAAGAGAAAAAGAAAUCAAUGAUAUAGAGAUAAAGGUACAAGCCAUUACUGAGGAACAAACACUUGAAAAUAUUGCAGAGGUAUCACCACCUGUUUCUACACCUUUUAAAGAAUAUCGAAAUGUUAAGGAAUAUUUUAAUAACUCUAGCGAAUUGGAGAAUUCGGCUCUGUAUAAUGAUAACACAAUUAUGUGCUUUGAUAAACCUGUUGAAACAGGUACAACUAACAAUGAUAACAAAAGAGAAGAGAGUGUUAUAGUGUCUCUAUGUGAUUUACUUAACAAGGCUAAGGUUUCAAACAAGGCAUGUACUAAUUCGGAGCUUGAUGACUUGUUAGAAGUCGAGAAGGAAACUGAACACAACAUUAAAAUUAUUGAUAGUGCUAUAAUGACACUUGAUACUAUCAAGAAAUCACAAAUGAAGUCCUUAAAAUGUGUGCAAAAGUUAAUACAUGAUAAAACACAUGGGAAGUCAGUUCCCGAAUGUGAUAAAGACAAGACUUUAGAGGCUGACAAAAGUCCUAUACUUAGAAAAACCUGCUCUGUUAUAAAAUCAACUGUUAAAUCACCUUCUUACACAAUACAUAAAAAGAACUCAUGUUUAAGGAAGAAAGCAUGCCACAAGUCUAUGCCAAAUGUUUCAACCUUUGUAACACCCAGUAAAGACAUUAAUGGCCGAGCCUUGAACAUGUAUAUGCAAUUGAAAGGGGAUAUGGGCUUUUUAAAUACACCACGAAUUAAAAACCGCAAUACGCUUAUGCCCGACACCCCUGCGAUUACAUCCAACAAUUUACAAAGACAAUUAGACAAAUUAUUUGGGGGUAGCUAAAAUUUUUUAUGUAUGUGUAUAUAGCAGAGGAAAUAUCAAAGAUCUAUUUUGAAAAAAAAUUAAGUAUGUUUUCAAUAAAGUAGAAUAAUUUUUAUUAAUUUUGUAUAAUGUACUUUAUUUAAAUACAGCUGCAGGUUAGCUUAAAUAUUUUAUCUUGUAUAAAAAGGGAGUGUACUUUAUAAACGAUAAUAUUUUGAAUUUAUAUUUGUCAGUCUACCUUUUCACUUGCCGCAUCCGCAUGUCAUAUCAUUUGAUAUUUAUUUAUUAGUCGUAUUUUAUUUUACCUAACAAUUACUUUGCCUUUUUAAUUUUUUUUGGAAAGAACAUAUUGAUUUCCUUUUCCUUAUUCUCUUAACCAUACCAUUUUUAUUUUUUUACUUAUAUGAAAUUGGAUACUUAUUGAAAUUACCUUCUAAGCCAAAAGUAUAAAAACUGGGAGAGAAUGCCACAUGGCAUUAAGCUCUCCUGUUGUACAAAAGUAUUUUGUUCAAUAAAGAAUAAAUAAAUAUUGUAUUAUAAAUUAACUUACUUAACUAUAGUAAUCUGAAAAUUUGUAAGAAGUUUAUUAUGAUUAUUCUAAAAAAAAAGUAAAUGAUAUGCAACAACUUUCCAGACAGAGAAAUUUUACUAGCAAAAUGGAAAGUACAUGAUCGAUUAUUCCCCACUUUUAGCAAUGUCUCAGGUAAUUCUAUAGUAAUCAAGUAUAUUUAUCUAUUAUUACAAGUGACUGUAUCUUGUGUAGUAGGUAUUUAACAAUACAUAUUAGAUUAUGAACUAGACGUAUUAAAUUUUUCUCUAACGACUAUGGCUUGUAAAGUUGUAAUGUGUAUGCAAUUAGUUGAAAUGGAAAUAAAGAUGUGCUCAUUUCAUUAUUUAUUAUAAACUGAGCUUGCUGAGUAUUGCUUUUGUUACGAAAACUCAGAAAGCUAGUAGAUAACUGUAUUUGUCUGUCCUAAAUUUUACGUUUAUACCAAAUUUCAUGAUGAUUGGUUAAAAGCUGAAAGCUUAACAAUUUCUAAUAUUAAGAUUUCUAUCAUAUUUUCAUUAAAAUUCUCUUCAAUGUAAAAAAAACAUCUUUCACUUCAACCUCUUAUGUGAAUGUGGGUAGUUAUGUAUAUUAUUAUGUAGUAGUUAAGGUAGGUAGUUAAAUAGAACUGCUGUACAGGAAUUGCAAUUAUUUGUAUAAUCAAUUAUGGAUACAUAUUUUAAUUUAUAUGCGAUAAUUUAUUGUCUAAAUUGAUUGUUUAUAAUCAUUCAAA